AUUUUGUAAAAAGGCUUUAUAAGGCAAUUCCUGUGGAACCGGCAACAGAAAGCUAGGAACGAUCUUCUGACUUGAAAAACAUGUCAAGGCAGGCAAAGCGGAAGCAUGAGGACAUUUCUUCUAAUGAUUACACAGUUUGUAUUGAAUCUGCGGACAAACUGGCUGGAGCAUGUAGAGCCAUAAUUGGUUUUAAACUUCUUGGAAACGGCAUAGAGGGAGACGAGGAUGAAUUGUGCGUAGCGGAAUUUCCUGAGAAUUUUAUCAGAGGACAUCAAAAUAGUUUCAAGAUAGACGAACCAAAGAUCAAAGACGUUGACAGUAUAAAGAUUCGUGGAGACGCUAUGGUAGGAGAAAAUGGUUGGAACGUAGAUAGGAUUAUUGUAACCAACAACCGAACCGGGAUAAGAAAGGUGUUUCCAAUGUUCACGUCUAUUGUUAGAAACACUGAAUAUACAUUUUAUGCCAACGAUGUGUCUUUGCCACAAACGCCAUUCAGAAAAAGGGAAAUACAGGAUGAACUUGAUGAAAUGAAAAAGAAUUAUAAACUUACAACCGAUCGAUUACCCGGAGGACCUCCACUAAUAAAAACGAUGCCUAGUCACGAAAAGUUCUCUUUUAUCGAUAAAGCUAGCUUGGGUGUUAAAUUAUUUGCUUUAACAUUUGAUGCCGACCUGCAACUUUCAAAACACGGCAAAGGCGCUUUUCAUUCCAUUGACGAUAUUAAACGUGUAUACGGACCUUUAUUUCCCGAGCCGCGAAAUAUUAACAGGUACGUUCAAAGUAUUUGAAUUUUAUGCGAUUGC